UAUUUGGAACAGAAGUGACGGAGGUCCUCGUAUAUCAGAUUGUGUCUAAUUCAUGUUUUACAGCAAACUAGCUUUAUCUUAUAUAUAUAUAAAUCGACUACCAUUUUCUUUGGUGUAUUACGCAUAAGAUCUGGUGAUACGCUGUUGUACAUCUCUACUAGGAAGGUAACGUUAUGUCGAGAAAAACACUGCAUCCAACAUUUCAAAACAAGCAAGUUUUGUGUUUGGAAUGUAGGGCAUGUGGAAACUGUGUCUGUACAAGAGGAAUGCGGGCUAUACUGUUAGCUAAUACUCAGGUCGAAUUGUACUCGACUGACAUUCCGCCUGAAGAAGCGGUUGAUCUAGUUGGAGAUCAUUAUGCUACAAACAACUGCCAAUGUCGAAUAAAAGAUGUAGCAUGUUUGCAAUGUGGGAGUUUGGUAGGCUAUCAUGUGAUGUCGCCAUGCAAGUCAUGCCUCCUGUCCUGCAACAACGGCCACUUCUGGAUGUAUCACAGUCACGCUGUCAGUACAGUCAACAGGGCUCGCAAUUCCCGGAAAGGAGUGCAGCUGAUGGUUUGGAAACAUCUUCCCGAGGCAGAGGUCGACCCGACGCUCGCCGCCACCAGCGUCAGCAGCCUCGAGAUCGAAACAGACGAGUGCUGUCGGUGAGGUCGUCGCCACGGCAACGUCCGUCCAUCCUCCCGCCGCCGCCGAGGGACCGAUGUGGCGUAGGGGAGGUCGCUAGCUAAUUUCUUCCGUGCGGUAAAACUGUGGCGUCGGCACGCUGGCCGUGCUGCGAGCGUCCUGCGACGCUAGAUGACGCACGCGUACGUCAUACGUCGUCGACGUGCGUGCGAGCGACCGUGUAGCCUCCGUCUCGUUUGAGGAGGUGUGAUCUUUCGCCUUGGAACUGUUGCCAAAGUUUAGUCGAAUUCUUUUGUGUGAAAUUCUGUCUGGACGUCGCAGGCGAUGGGUAUCUUGCUCUUGUCCGAUUACCGUAGGAAGUCUGUAUACGUAUGUAAAAGUUUGAACGACCUGGUUUUUUUUCGUUUUUGAGUGGCAGCGUGGUCUACUCUCAGUUGAAUUGGUCGAUGAAUUACAAAUCGGUUCCAGAUUUUGUGAUUUAGGUUAAGUUACUCUGCAAAAAAACCAUGGCUCUGCGGAAUAGCGGAGGGUGGCUGACCCUGGACACGGGUCAUUGAUCCCGAAGAUUCCACUGAGAGAUAUUCUGCAUUGUUCACUCACAUGUUAAUAUUUCUAGAAUCUUCCUUAGCCGAAGUCAUCUGUGCAAAUCCCCAACGAUUCCCGCAGCCGAUAGUCGAUCUUGUCCUUAUUCGUUGCCAUCUGAGAGACAACUUGGUGUUAUACUCUACCGGAUUUCAUGGGGUUGGCUUGCAUCUUGACGAUAUGUUUGACACACCGCACAGGAGACAAAAGUGUCCCACUUUUUCUCGCCAGGCGGAUUGUGCUUCGCGUUGUGACUUUGUCGCGUGUGCACUCGCGAUUCACACUGCUUCACGUGUCACCUAGGGUGAAAGUGCAGACUACAUAGCACUGGUCAGAAUUUCAGGCGUGAAUUUUUUUCCGCUUUUUCUCGUCGACAUUCGAGUUUCUAUACAUGUAGUAGAAGCGUUCGCCGGGCGAACGGCUGACGGUCUUAUCGUUCAGGCUUCGAGGCCCGGGAUAUUUUUUAAGAGAAAGAACCUUUUUCGGCAGGAUGUUCCAAAGAACUACCCCCCCAAUUUCGGCAAGCUUUCUGGUGAUGAGGGUGCGCGUAUGCAGGCAAGAGGGGGACUGGGGCGAUGAAAUCAGGUGUAUGCGAAUUCGAGAUGUCUCUAGUUUACGUACUCCUGGCACUGUUAGUGCAGACUCGCUGACACAACUUACAGGUGAGCGUUUUUUGUCGACGACAAGCAAAGCCGAAGCAGUCUCUUAUUCUCUCUCACUUACACAGAGACUGCUGAAUGAAAUAGACAGGGCUGUUACUGUGAUACAGGGAGUCGGGCAGAGAUCGGUGAUAGAUCUCACAGAGUGCCUUCACUGUUCCGACAAGGUUCCUAUAGCAAAGGCCGUGUAGCAGAUGUUUGUUUGUUUGUUCACUGUAGCGUAAUAAUAAUGUGUCGGGCUCACACGGCAGCUAGAGGACGAGGAGUGACGCGAGACAUGCACGCUCGCCACUCGGGGCAGUUAUCCGGCAACGCACGUCUCAGUCUCUGUGGUCGCAUGCGGGUCUGCUAUACCUUCCGGAGGUGGUUGCAUGCCGUUUCAUGUUGGCGGCUGCAGCCAUAGUCAUCUGUAUACGACGUGAAUGUGUUAUAGGUCGCACUGACAUAUCGCGAGAUAGAUCAGAGUGAGGCAUCUAUUCUAGCCUUCCUCGGAUAUAUUUGCCAAGCAAAAAAUUCAGAUGUUUAUGAAAUACGGACGUGCCACUAUUUUUGUAUUCGACAUCGUGGCACAUUUCGGGCAAGCCGUGCAGCCCCCCCCCCCAUCUUUGCAUUUUAAAUGCGUUCUCGUUCGCUGUAACGUAUCUGUCACCGCGGGCAAAGUUUUUACCUCUGUUAUGUUAGCUAGUUUCUUAGUUAAAUCCCGAAAUAUGCGCAGAAACCGCACUCCGAGUGGGCACACAUAUAUGCUCUCACCCAAUACCGGGUUUUAUGCUAAUCCUUUAGCAAAUGAUUAGAAAAUUUAUGUACCAGUCGAAAUUGCGUUUGGUACGUGUGCUCCGUCUAUAGCAUUACCGGUCGCUUCAGGGUGUUGUUUGCGUGCAUGUAUACGUUCAGAGCAAUAUUUCGGUGGUUCGUCGUAUUACACAUGAACAGACGCAGUCUCCAUGUUAUUAGGGGUUAAUAAUGACAAAUAUUCAUCAUGAUUUGUCAUUAUUGACCCCCGAUGUUAUCUUGUUACAUGUGGUAAACGGGCGUGUAGUGAUAGUAUAAAUGUAGGUGAUGUUCGAUGCCAUUGGUAACGGGAAUACAUGACGUGCCCCAGGAAAGUAUAUAGCUGAAACGAAGUUGUGGCGGUUGUCGAGAAUUUUAAGCGUAUGCAAGACUGUAGUGUCUUAUUGUAUUGAAUUUUAUUAUAAAACUUAUAUAUCACAAUUAGUAAAAUGAUAUGUGUAUCAUUAGUUAGGAUUCUAGUAUAGUAACUAGUAUUAUAUGUAGUUAUAGUAUUGUUUUACUGUUAUAUGUAGUACAUUUAAGUACUAUUCAAUGUUAAUUUAUAUAUAUAUAUAUAUAUACAUGUAUAUAUAUAGAGAGAGAGAGAGAGAUUUUUAUCCACUUUGUAAUAUCGAACUACAUUUUGUACAUAACGCGGUUGAAUGUAGUUUAAUUGUAAUGUAAUAUGUGCAUUCUAUACAAUUAAUAUAUUACACUAUUAAUAUAUUAAA